AUGGUGAUCACGGCUAGGGUGGGAACCGGGCUGGUUAAGCGAAUCCUAGUAGAUACCAGCGCAGAUUCGAACAUCAUGUUCCGCAACGUAUUCGAUGUCCUAGGUCUCCGAGAUACCGACCUAAAGACCCACCAGCACGGUGUGGUCGGUCUUGGAGACAAUUUUAUUAAUCCUGAUGGGAUAAUCUCUUUGCCAGUCUCCAUAGGAAGUGGCCGGGAAAGGAGGACUGUAAUGACGGUGUUCGUUGUUCUGGGGGACUCCACGGCUUACAACAUCAUCAUGGACAGAGAAACCAUCAAUGAGCUCAGAGCAAUAAUCUACACCAAGCUGCUGGUAAUGAAGUUUGUUUCUGAUAAUGGGUCGAUUGGAUCUAUCAAGGGAGAUUUAGAAACGGCGGUCGCAUGCGACAACGCUAGCCUCUCCCUAAGAAAGAAAUCCAAGGAAGUAGCCGGGGUCUUCUUGGCCGACUUGGACGCAAGAGUCGAUGAAAAGCCCAGGCCAGAGUCUGAGGGAGACCUCCAGAAAGUCAGGGUCGGUGAUUCGGAAGCAAAGUUCACCUUUGUAAACAGAAACCUCCCCCAUGAGUUAAAGGAAUCACUGGUGGAGAUAAUCCGGAAAAAUGGCGACCUGUUCGCCUGGACACCAGCUUACAUGCCGGGGAUUGACCCUAUAGUCAUGUCGCACCACCUAGUGGUGAGAGCGGAGGCUAAGCCAGUGGCGCAGAUGAGGAGGAAAAUAUCCCAAGAAAGAGCCGACGAAGUGGCCAGGCAGACGGCCGGCCUCUUAGACGCGGGGUUCAUCCGAGAGCUGGAAUACUCAACAUGGCUAUCAAAUGUUGUCCUGGACUGCUACCCCCUACCUAAUAUCGAUACACUCGUCGACGCAGCGGCAGGGUAUAGAUAUCUAAGUUUCAUGGACGCCUAUUCAGGGUACAAUCAGAUACCCAAUAUUGAUGCACUGGUUGAUGCGGCUUCGGGAUACCGGUACCUGAGCUUCAUGGACGCAUAUUCCAGCUACAACCGGAUUCUGAUGCAUCGACUAGAUGAAGAAAAGACGGCGUUCAUAACGCAGGGGAAUGUACUGCUACAAGGUGAUGCCGUUUGGGCUAAAGAACACGGGAGCUACAUACCAAAGGCUGAUGAACAAGAUAUCUUGUGA